UUGACAUGGCAUGCCUUGAACCGUUGAUGUAGACUUCACAAUAUCUGAUGAUAAUCUCCAAACAUAACCUCAGCCUUAAAAACCUGUGAGAACUCCUCACCACCUCACAAACUAAUCUCUCAUUGUAAUUUUUGUUAUCUAUAGUUUUUUAGAUGAAUUUUGUUGGGAAUUGUCGAUUUCUCUUAUGCUCGGAUUGCUAAAUAAUUUUUUUUAUUUUUUUUAAUGGUUUGAUUCUAUAAUUCUGAGAGGUUUUUAUCAUAUGGUUUAGUCUUUUUUGGCAUUUUAUCUGAAAAUAUUAUCAUCAUCCACGUGGCAAAUCCUCGUCAGCCGGCUCACGAGAACCUCAAUUAUCCAAUCUUUGUAUGUCACUUGAGUCUCUAUAUAUCAAACCACCGAAAAGCACGAUUGUUUAUCGUAGUGCGUUACAAGCGUUUUAAGCUCUCACUAGCAAGCAAGUACUAGCAACAAUGGCGUCAAGCACUGCGACUAUGCUCAAAGCCUCACCGGUGAAAUCUGAUUGGGUUAAGGGACAGAGUCUUCUCCUCCGUCAACCUUCCUCUGUCUCAGCUAUUCGCAGCCACGUGGCACCUUCCGCUCUCACCGUCCGAGCCGCUUCUGCUUACGCCGAUGAGCUCGUCAAAACCGCUAAAACAAUCGCGUCUCCGGGACACGGAAUUAUGGCGAUGGAUGAGUCCAACGCGACUUGUGGAAAGCGUUUGGCGUCAAUUGGGCUAGAGAACACGGAGGCUAACCGUCAAGCUUACAGGACGUUGCUUGUGUCGGCUCCAGGACUUGGACAGUACAUCUCCGGAGCUAUCCUGUUCGAGGAGACUCUGUACCAAUCCACCACUGAUGGCAAGAAAAUGGUUGAUGUUCUCGUCGAGCAGAACAUCGUCCCUGGCAUCAAAGUCGACAAGGGUUUGGUGCCACUUGUUGGGUCUUACGACGAGUCAUGGUGCCAAGGACUUGACGGUUUAGCCUCUCGCACCGCUGCUUACUACCAACAAGGUGCUCGUUUCGCCAAAUGGCGUACUGUUGUGAGCAUUCCAAAUGGACCCUCUGCUUUGGCUGUUAAAGAAGCAGCUUGGGGACUUGCUCGCUACGCAGCUAUUUCUCAAGACAGCGGUCUGGUGCCGAUUGUGGAGCCAGAGAUUAUGUUGGACGGAGAACACGGCAUUGACAGGACAUACGACGUUGCAGAGAAGGUUUGGGCUGAGGUCUUCUUCUACCUCGCUCAGAACAACGUCAUGUUCGAAGGUAUUCUCCUGAAGCCAAGCAUGGUUACUCCAGGAGCUGAGGCCACAGACAGAGCUACUCCUGAGCAGGUUGCUUCCUACACUCUCAAGCUCCUUCGCAACAGAAUCCCUCCUGCUGUCCCCGGAAUCAUGUUCUUGUCUGGUGGACAGUCCGAGUUGGAGGCGACCUUGAACUUGAACGCAAUGAACCAGGCACCGAACCCAUGGCACGUGUCCUUCUCCUACGCACGUGCCUUGCAGAACACUUGCUUGAAGACAUGGGGAGGCAAGGAAGAGAACGUGAAGGCGGCUCAGGACAUUCUCUUGGCCAGAGCCAAAGCCAAUUCGCUGGCUCAGCUCGGGAAAUACACUGGAGAAGGCGAGUCUGAGGAAGCCAAGGAGGGUAUGUUUGUAAAAGGCUACACCUACUAAGCUAUUUGUAAUAAUGGUUCCAUAGAUCAAAACUCAAAAACUUGAGCUUGAUUCUGGUCAUUUGAGUUAUUAUACUCUUCUUCAGGUAUAAAAGUCAGUUCUGUGUUAUCAUGUGAGACUAGUUUUGUUUCUUCAUGGUUAAUAUCUUAGUACCUACUCGUUACUACUAAUAAUUGAGUUAGUAGUCUGUUUCUAUCAUUGUUAUCACUCAAAAACUCUGUCUUUACAAGUUAUGAAACUAGUAACAUUAUGCUCUCUGAGCUCAAAAUCACAUCUAAUGCAGGAAAAUGACAU